GUGUUGGGGGAUAUCUGGAAGCCAAUGGUACUUGAAGCAUUGCAUUGGUACUCUUAAUCUCUCUACAAUCCCCGCUGUCUCGCCGGCAUCUAUCUCGAGUCCGACUCCAGAUUCCAUAUCAGCAUGGCUGCUGCUAGCGACAAGCACGAUGCGCCUCUGGCAAAGAGGCAGAAGCGCACAUCUCAACUUGCCAAGGGGCAAGCGCGAGGCUCAAAGAUUUUCGCUCCUUUCCGUACAUUAGGAUUAGUGUCACCCACACCGGUCCCUUUCACUUCGGUACGCCUGGGCAAAUCGACCUUCCAGAUUACCACCUCAGUUGGGCAUUCCCUGCAGACUUAUGAUUUGCGCCGAGGCCUGAACCUAAUCUUCCUGAGUCGGCCGCAAACCCCCGAGAUUAUCACCGCAACUUGCGCAUGGCAGGAUAAGGUAUUCGCGUCAUGGGGCCAUCUCCGGCCACGGUCUCCGGGUGGUGUUUGGGUUUUCAAGCGUGGCAAGAAGGUCGCAGCUCUUGAUAGUCCCUCGGACCUGACGGGUCCCAUCGAGCGAUUGGUCGUGUUCGGUUCGUGGGUCGUUGGUUGCUGGGCUGGUGGUGUUGAAGUGUGGAAGACGGGAACAUAUGAGCACUAUGCUAGUCUGCGUGCGCAGCCUGUUCAGGGCUCUGAUCAGAUCUACACCGGGGUCAUGUGCAACAUGCCCACUUAUCUGAACAAGGUCUUCGUGGGCCGGACCGAUGGAGCGGUCGAUAUUUGGAACCUCCGCAGCGGAAAGCUCCUUUUCACUCUGCCUGCUCUGUCUGCAGAGGCUGGACCUGUGACUGCCAUUAGCUCUACCCCCGCUCUAUCUCUUGUUGCCAUUGCGUACAAGAGCGGCGCAUUGUCGAUUCAAAAUGUCAACUCUGGCCAGACAGUUUUGGCUCUGCGAGCUGCUUCGUCUCAGGGUCUUCCCGUGACCUCUAUUACGUUCCGAAGCGACGGUCUUGGUGCUGGUCCCGAUGGCCGUAUCCCAGGUGUCAUGGCCACCGCGUCGAGCGGUAGUGGCGAUAUCACACUCUGGGAUCUGAACGAGGGAGGCCGUGUUGCCGGCAUUCUCCGCAGUGCCCACAAGGUUUCAAGCGGUGAGAAGUCCAUGGGUGCCAACAAUGUCGAGUUCCUGGAUGGUCAGCCUGUGCUGGUGUCCUCGGGUGAUGACAAUGCGUUGAAGACUUGGAUCUUCGAUGCAACCCCCUUCUCGCCUAUCCCCAGACCUCUUCACGCAAGAAACGGCCAUUCCGCUGCUGUCAGUGCCAUUGACUUCCUGCCAGCCUCUUCGGACGGAUCCGAUUCCGGCGGCAAGUGGCUUAUGAGUGCUAGCAAGGACUGCAGUCUCUGGGGUCUAAGUCUACGCAAGGAUAGCCAGCAUACUGAAAUCUCCCAGGGCAAUGUGGAAAGCAAAGCCAAGAAGGCAGGCCAGAGUAACUCGAGUAAAUCGCCAGUGGAUGACCUCAAAGCUCCCGAGAUUACUUGUAUCGCUUGCAGUCUGAACCGUGAUGGUGGUAUGGGUAUCACCACAUCUGGUCCUAUUUGGUCAAACCCCAAGGCUACAAAUGCCGAUGCUUCCAAUGCAACCGGCUGGGAAAGUGUGGUCACCGGUCAUCGGGGCGACAAAUACGCACGUACCUGGUUCUGGGGUAAGAAGAAGGCAGGUCGCUGGGCCUUUGCGACUAGCGAUGGAACGGAAGUCAAGAGCGUGGCAAUCUCGCAAUGUGGAACUUUCGCUGUCAUUGGUUCAGCCGGAGGCGCUAUUGACAUGUAUAACAUGCAAUCUGGACAACACAGACAGAGCUUCCCAGCCCGUCUACCAAAGUCUCGCGUGAGCAAGCUCAACAUUUCGCCCUCGACAAAGCACACCAAAGCUGUCAGCGGAUUGAUGAUUGAUAGUCUGAACCGGACCGUCGUCAGCUGUGGAUUGGACGGCAAAGUAAAGUUCUGGGACCUUCUUUCUGGAUCAUUCAUUGACGAGCUUGAUUGGCACCCAAUGGCUGCCAUUACUGGACUUCGCUACAACAAGGCCAGUGAGUUGGUCGCCUUCAGCUGUGAUGACCUCUCAAUCCGCGUGAUCGACCUCGAGACUAGGAAGCUCGUUCGUGAAUUCUGGGGAUGUGUGGGUCAGAUCAAUGACUUCAUCUUCUCAAACGACGGACGCUGGGUCAUUGCGGCUUCUAUGGACUCGGUGGUCCGCGUUUGGGAUCUACCCACCGGACAUCUGAUCGAUAUCUUCCGGGUAACCAGCACAUGUGUCGCCCUGGCCAUGUCAUCCACAGGCGAAUUCCUUGCCACUGCACACGCUGGUGGCAUUGGUAUCAGCCUCUGGAGCAACCGCAGUCUUUUCAUGCCCAUCUCGACCAAGAACCUAGACGAGAGUGUUAUUGAGAACGUUGGCGUUCCGGCAACAUCAGGAGAAAGUGGUGCUGGUCUUAUUGAGGCCGCGUUUAUUGACAUCGCUGAAGAUGAUGAGGCCGAGGGCCCAGUUUUGGCGACUGAACAACUACAAAAUGAUAUGAUGACUCUCAGUCUGGUUCCUAAGAGCAGAUGGCAGUCAUUGAUCCAUCUGGAUACUAUCCGGGAACGCAACAAGCCCAAAGAAGCCCCCAAGGCACCCGAGAAGGCACCAUUCUUCCUCCCAUCCAUGCUCAGCUCCAGCGGACCCGAGCCGGCCGCCUCCAACAACGAAGCCGCCGAAGCCGGAUUCCUCGCACAGACCGCCGAGGCCGAACGUCUACGCAUCGCCAAGUUGCAAAACGGCGAUACCGGCCCCUCCUCCCAGACCAUCUUCACUCGGUCCUUGGAAGCCGGCCAUAAAUCCGGCAACUAUGAUUCCUUCAUCGACCACCUCAAAUCACUCCCUCCCGCCAAGGCCGAUCUCGAGAUCCGGUCGUUGGAUCCUCGCGUGCGCGCUGGACAUUCUGAAUUGUCCGACUUCGUCAUUGCUCUCACUAACCGCUUGAAGUCGAAGAGAGACUUCGAAAUGGUUAAUGCUUGGAUGGCGGUCUUCUUGAAGAUUCACUCUGAUACUGUGUCUCUCAGCUCUCAGAGAGAUGGGCCUGAGUACCGUCUGUUGCAGACGGCUUUGGCUUCCUGGGCUCAUGAGCAGGAGCAGGAAGGAAAGCGUUUGGCUGAGUUGGUGGGAUACUGUCGUGGUGUUGUUGGGUUCUUGCGGUCUGCUCGGUAAAAGAUUCAGAGUCAUUGAACGGGUUGUCUGGCGUAUGUAAAUGAGCUGUCUAAUUUGUUGCUUCGAAUCAAUACAUGCAUUCGUCUAUGCUUUUUCGGGAUAUAUGGAUAG